AUGGCAUUUCGAGAUAGUACCAAUCAGACACCGAUACGAGACUUAUGUUACCAGAUGUCUGAGGUUUCGGUUUCGUAUACGACGGCGAAUAAGACACCGAACAGUGCGUUGCGUGCGAAUCGUUCAUUUGGCCAGAGAACGUCACAGUUGAAUGUGAGCACGAGCAAUAAGAAUGGCAAUAGCACCAACAACAACAAUAAUAAUAAUAACGCUGCAAAGUCGUACCAUCGCUCGAAAGGCGGUCUCAAGAAGCGCGACGUGACACCGUCACGAAAUCCGAACUUCAGCGGGCUCGGCGAGGGCGACCGCUUUGUGCCCAACCGAAGUGCCACCCAGUUUGAGUACGCCAACCACUGCCUGAUGAAUCAUAAUUCACAGGGUGAAUCACUGUUGAAUUUAUCGUCGUCAGCACCGAACAGCCCAUCGAAAGCUGAGCGUGAGAUGAAAAUGCAGUUGAUGAGGGCGAAAUCGGCAGGAGAGCUGAGCGAUCAGCAAGACGAGCGCAUUCUGUGCUAUAAGAAAGGACAAGCGCCCGCGGCACCGUUCGGGCACAUGAACCAACCGCGAGUGCUCUACACGAACACUCUGCCGAACCCGUCGGCGAGCUGUCGAAAGGGCAUCAGACACAUUCCGACACAGGCCGAGAGGAUUCUCGACGCACCCAAUUACAUGGACGAUUACUUUAGAGAAGAGGUGUCGUACGUUGGUGUUGGCGUUAGCGCGGUAGUGAUAGAAGGCGAACGUGCACGCGUGCAUUUGAAUAUAAUCGACUGGGGAAAUAACAACGUGAUCGCGGUGGCGUUGACGUAUUCGUUGUAUUUAUGGAACGCUGGAUCGGGCGAGAUUGAUAAUCUUUUCGAGUUACCCGAAGAGCGGGGAGUGUUCAUAACGUCGGUACGGUGGUCGGGUGAGGGCUCGUUUUUGGCGGUUGGCCUUUCGGAUGGGCAGAUUCGCUUAUUUGACCCAAGUCGACGUCGAACAGCGUUAAGAACGAUGCACACGCAGAUAAAUCGGGUGGGGUGCUUGGCGUGGAGACAGCACAUCGUGUCU